AUGGAGGAGGUGAUGGAGGAGGUGAUGGAGGAGGUGAUAGGGGAGGUGAUGGAGGAGGUGAUGGGGGAGGUGAUGGAAGAGGUGAUGGAGGAGGUGAUAGGGGAGGUGAUGGAGGAGGUGAUGGAAGAGGUGAUGGAGGAGGUGAUGGAGGAGGUGAUGGGGGAGGUGAUGGAGGAGGUGAUGGAGGAGGUGAUAGGGGAGGUGAUGGAGGAGGUGAUGAAGGAGGUGAUGGAGGAGGUGAUGGAAGAGGUGAUGGAGGAGGUGAUGGAGGAGGUGAUAGGGGAGGUGAUGGAGGAGAUGAUGGAGGAGGUGAUGGGGGAGGUGAUGGAGGAGGUGAUAGGGGAGGUGAUGGAGGAGGUGAUAGGGGAGGUGAUGGAGGAGGUGUUGGAGGAGGUGAUGGAGGAGGUGAUGGAGGAGGUGAUGGAGGAGGUGAUGGAGAAGGUGAUGGAGGAGGUGAUGGAGGAGGUGAUGGAGGAGGUGAUAGGGGAGGUGAUGGAGGAGGUGAUGAGGAGGUGA